AUGGAAGAGGAGAAACUGAGAAUUUUACAGAUCUGUGGUAUAACAGUGAUGCAUUUAAAGCUGGAAGUGGAGAAAAUUGCAGUGGAUUUAACUGUGAGUGAGAUUUCAACUGUUCGUGCAUUAGCUGGAGAAGAUGCAUUACUGAACUGUAUCUUAAAGAGAGAGGACUAUAACUUAUUUCCACUAGAGCCUAAAAAUUUGGCUGUACUUUGGAAAGCAGAUGAAGAAAAAAUUGUCUCAUUUACUUAUGGAGAAACUAAAGCUUUUAGAAAAGAAGCUACUCUAUCUGAAGAUACCUUGAAGGGAAACAUGUCACUGUUACUGAAGAAUGUAUCUUUUACUGAUGAGGCAAAAUACACCUGUGAAAUUGUUAUUUCUCCAUAUAUCAAAAAAGAACAAGUUGAACUUCAUGUUUCAGGUCAACCCUCUGUGAUAGUGUCUUCACAAGAAAUUCUUGAAGUUGGCGAUGAAGCAAGCCUGGUUUGCGAUGCAGUGGGAUUUUAUCCACAAGAGAUUUUUAUUAAGUGGUUCAGGAGAAAACAUGGGGAAGACACUGAACUAUCAACAAAUGAAUGUCUUAUGAGCCCAAUUAAGCUUCCCAAUGGAACAUUCAGUAGAUCUCUACAGGUUACUGCACAUGCCACAUCUGACGAUGUGGAAGCAACGUUUGUCUGUGCAGUACAACAUCGAUCUUUUGACAAAGAAUUCUUUGCUACUGCAUCACUAAUUGUUAAAGAACCAGAGAACAAAGCUGCUCAAGCUGCCAUAGCAAGUGUUCUUUCUGUUUGUUUUAGUGUUCUACUAGGAUUCAUUAUAAUCUUUGUCUGGAAAAGAUAUUUCACACAAGUGCUCCCAAAACUUUCAGAAAUUACUGCUGCAAAACCAAUUGUACACAAAGAAAAGUGUGAAUUAAAGAUUGCAGUGGACGGCUUUAAACCUGAUUACAUAGAAGUUGCCUGGCAUAUAUGCUACUCUGGAAUUGAGACAAAGAUUGGUUCUUGGAAACCAAGUAAGAUUCCAUUUGUUUUUGGUCCACGGAAGAUGAUAAAUAGUAAAGGUAGUGAAAAAGAAGACUGGCGUACUGUGACAUCCAGUAUUUCAAAAAACAGUGAUGGAACAUUCAGCAUUUCAAGUAGUGUAAUAUUUUUACCAGACAUUGACAGAGAUCCUGGCACCACCAUCAUCUGUAGUGUGUUUCACAAGUCAAUCCAAGGGUCAGAAACAAAGAAAUUCUGUGUAGAAGAAGUAAGCGGUGUACCCCCUAAAGUAAGCAAAAUUGUCGCACCAGAGAUUAUGAUGAACAAUCAAGUAGGGACUCUGAUCUGUCCAAUAAGUUCUUUUCAGCCUCAAAGUCUGUCGGUUGCUUGGUUCAAAUUGGUGAAAGAUCAUUCAGGAUGCACUAUAAAAAAGAUAAUAAGCCAAUUUGAAGGACCGGUCCAAGAAGCAGAUAGAAAUGUUGUCAUAUGUGACCAAAAUUACACUCAUAGAACAAGUAUACUGCAGUUACCUGAACAAAAAUGCUGUUUAUACAGCAUGCUGGCUUUCAAACCUACAGUCAUUCAUGAUGACAAUGCCGAGUAUGCCUGUGAAGUUAACCAUAUGAAAUUAACAAGUCCAGAACUUCGCCAGACUUCAUUAAAAAUCAGAGCCUGUCCCAUAGCCGAUCCUAUUGUUUGUAAUGAACCAUCAAAAAUUCCUGUUGCUGGAAAACCCUUCAAAUUGGAAUGCACAAUUCAUUCAUUUUAUCCCGAACCAAUUACCAUCUGUUGGCUUAAAGAUGGUGAGCCUUUGCCAAUAAUUUCUGAUGACACUGUUGAGAUGAAUGGUCCUGAUGAGAACAACCUCUAUGAAGUCAAGACUCAAAAGACUAUUAUACCAGCUAUGCAAGAUAAAGGAAAAAAGGUUGUUUGCAAGGCAGACCAUGAAACCCUACUCGUUAAAUCAGAAUUCACUCUGUGUAUAAUAGCAUCAUCACCUGAAGUCAGUGAUAUUCAGUGCAAACCUGAGCAGCCUGUGUUGGGAGAAGAAUGUAUUCUAUCUUGCCAGAUAAGUAAUUUUUACCCACAAGUUAUCAAGUUUAUCUGGUACAAAAUUGAUGGCAGCACAAAAUAUAAACUGGGAGAAGGUGGUAAUAGAGAAGACGAGUGUAACAAACAUGAUGAUAGUAAUCGUUCCUUUUAUCCUGAACUUCGGUUAACACCAGCCAUGGAUGAUUACAACAGUGAAAUCAGAAUUGAAGUUUUACAUGCAUCAUUAACAUGUCCAAUAAUAAAAUCAUACUUUUUUCAUUUUCCAGGAAUGCCUGUAUUUUCACAGAUUGCAUUGGAUCCAGAGACACCUAAAUAUGGUAAGCCGUUGUCCCUGAACUGUACAGUGGAUGGCCUAACUACCAAUGACAUUAUGAGCGACUGGUUGUUGGAAGAUAAAGAAGUGACAAAAGGUUAUGGAGUUAAGCGAACAUCAGUAAAUCCUUCUGCAGGAGGCACCUAUUGCAUGCAAAGCUCAGUACAAUUUAAUGUCAGUGCUGAUCAUUUUGAAAAAGAGUUUACUUUCAGAGUCCAAGACAAGAAAAACAGUCAAACAUUCAAGAAAUAUGCAGUGUUACCUUUGCAGCCUGUCGUUCCCAGUGUCUCAGAUAUAACUUGUGAUAAACCACACCCCAAGAGGGGAGAGAAAAUUACCCUCUCUUGUACUGCAUCUAAUUUUUCUCCAGAUGAAAUAAGAUUUGUUUGGUGUAAAGACUUGGAGAAAUCUAAAAUGUGUCCAGAAGAAGAAAUAAAAAUGAACAGAAAUGGACUUUAUUCUGCAGUUUCGAAAUUCCACGAUGUAUGCAAUGAUGCAAAAAUGGAAAUUACCUAUACCUGUGCAAUUUAUCACAUAAAGACUGGUAUAAUAGAGAAGGAAAAAACAAUACAGUUCUCCUAAGGCAAGAAUCCAUUAAGAAAACUACAUUGCAUCAAAGAAGAUUGCUAUAGUAAACACAAAGCUCAAGUUAGAUCAAUGCACACCUUUUUUGAACUUCGGAUAAUAAUGUUGAUUAAUUACAUUGCAUUUACAGAAAUGGUUAUGAUUUAGAUGUGCACCAAAGAAAAACAGGCCCCAUUUUUACACUUGUCUACAAGAAGUGUAUUGGUUGCAUACUUCUCAACCAAUCAGGGACAAAUUUCAUCAGAAUCUGAGACAAAUGGAGAAAUAAUCAGGGACAAAUGGAGAAAUAAUCAGGGACAGUUGGUGACACUUAAAAUGUCAGUGCUAUUAACUUGAGACAUUCACACAUUAAGAUAAUGUGAAUUAAUAUGCAUU